CCCAGCCUCGAGUUCAAUUCCUGCAGCUCGCUCAUUUCCGCUAGAAAAGUGGAACAGUCUUGGAGUGUUUCAGGAUUCUUCAAUUCAAGAUGAAGUGUUACGGAUUAACUUGAAUUGCGAUGAAAAUAUCACGCUUUUUCCAAUCAUUCGCUUAGUAGAUAUGUUGAUCUUAAUAUUCGUCACAGACUGAGUGCCAUUUCUGGCACCGGGCAAUAAAUUCUCCAUGAAAUGUCGGGGUGAAUUCGUCGAUUCGGAAAGCAAGAUGGCGGAUUUUGAUUUGGAACAAUUCGAGAAUUCCGACCGCUCGGACAGUCCAGCCACGAAUUAUCCUGAAUACGACGAUCGUGGACAUGGUCACUCAUUUGUUAAGAAGACUUUCCAUAAACCGACGUACUGCCACCACUGUACGGACAUGCUUUGGGGAUUGAUUGGACAAGGGUUGGUCUGUGAGGUGUGUAACUUUGUUGUACAUGAGAAGUGUCUGCGAACUGUUGUGUCAGCAUGCUCGAGCAUUGCGGCAACACUGGUAAAGAAGCCUGUGGCUCACUGCUGGUCAGAACCGGGCGUCUUCAAGAGGAAGUUCUGCAAUGUGUGCCGGAAACGCCUCGAGGACUCUCUGGCUCUCAGAUGUGAAAUCUGCGAGUAUUAUGCACAUUUAGACUGCCAUGACUUUGUUGUGAGUGACUGUAAGGAGUGUGCAAUAUAUUCUCCCAAUAUCACAAGGCAAUCUGUUGUACAUUACCACCACUGGCGAGAGGGCAAUCUGCCAGCCAACUCUAAAUGCCUGGCGUGCAAGAAAACAUGCUGGUCAUCCGAGUGCCUGGCCGGCAUGCGCUGUGAAUGGUGUGGCCUAACGGCGCAUGCUAGUUGCCAUCGCCUGCUACCAGCCGAGUGCAACUUUGGCAGUCUACGAGAGAUUAUGAUGCCAUCUAGCUGUAUGUCCAUGCCAAGAAUGGACCUCUCUGUCGAAACCAUGAUGGGCAUGAACAAGAAAACAACACGUACAAUAUCAGAAGACUGGUCGAGCAGUGGAGACUCCCGAAACGACGAGAAUGAUGAGAAAGAGCGCAGAUCGCCGCGAGAACGGGACACAAAAGACAGAGAGAAAGAUACUGAAUCGGAGAUCAUACGUGUAUUUGAUGGCAAUGCAUCCAUGAAGCGAAGGCUGUACAGGACAAUAUCAGUUCCAAAAAACGCCCCAGCACAAGCUAUACUGGAGGCAGCUUUGAAAACAUUCCACAUAUCUGAUGAUCCUAAAAACUACUAUGUAGCUGAGGCCUCCGAAUUCGCUCUGUUUGUAGGUGAGAAGGAGCUGGAUGAAUCAAAACCAAUCCGUUCCCAGCUCAAAACUCCGGACGGCAAACGACCCUCGAUAUUCCUACGAUAUCGGGAACGAGAUCCUGACAAAGGCCAGAUGAAAAUAUAUCCUGGUAGUCUAAAGGUGGCAUCUGGUCACAAGAACAUUACAGUAACCAGUGAUAACACUACAGAGGACAUAAUUAGGAUGGCAUUGAAAAAGUUUGGCAUGGAAGAUCCAGACACGGAAUCAGGUCAGUUCAGCCUGAUUGAGGUUCUCCUAGACAAGGGUGUGUCUGAGCGGACUCUUGAGAACUCAGACAGGCCUUGGGAGAUCAUCAAGAACAGCAGAAAGGAGUCGUUGCAUCAGAACCAGAUGACACGCUACUAUAUCCAGCAGAGAGAGGACCCACACGGGCCUAGCAUCUCUUUGUUUGUGGGAAACCUACCCACUGGGCUCUCACAACGACAGUACGAAAAAAUACUGCUCGACAUAGUCAGCAAACAAAAUAAAUGGGUGAGAUUUGAUGUGAUAUAUUAUGAGUACGGUGCUCUUGUGUUGGACUUCUCCCAAGCUGAGAAGGCGACACGGGUGUUUAAUAUCCUAAAAGAUGCUGUCUUCGAUGAGAAACAACUGCUAGUUCUUCUAUUACCUAAUAUACAGCCUCACAUGAUACCAGACAACACAAGCCCUCUGCUGGUAUUUGUGAAUGUGAAGAGUGGAGGCUGCCAGGGGCUGAACCUGAUCACAGCGUUCAGAAAACUCCUCAACCCUCACCAAGUUUUCAACCUGGAGAAUGGGGGACCCCUUCCAGGCCUAUAUGUGUUCCGAAAUGUGCCGUACUACAAGAUCCUGGCAUGCGGUGGAGACGGGACUGUGGGCUGGGUCCUCUCCUGUCUUGAUAAUGUUGGCCAAGACGCAAUAUGUCAGUCCCCUCCUCUCUCCAUUCUUCCUCUCGGCACAGGUAACGAUUUGGCACGGGUUUUACGCUGGGGACCAGGCUACACGCAGGAAGACCCUCUCAACUACCUACGAGAUGUUAUAGAUGCAGAGGACAUCAAACUAGAUAGAUGGACAGUGAUAUUUCAUCCAAAUGAAAAAGAGCAGGAUGAUUUAAAAGUAGCGAUAGCAAAUGACACAAACUCGGCGAACACGAAUGAAGACACCACCACCAUAUUUGUAAUGAAUACCUACUUUGGUUUAGGAAUAGAUGCUGACAUAUCACUCGACUUCCAUCAAGCUAGGGAGGAAAAACCAGAUAAAUUUAAUAGUCGAUUACAUAAUAAGAAAGUGUAUGUGCAAAUGGGUCUUCGUAAGAUGGUGAACAAGCACACAUGUAAGGACUUGCAUCGCUGUAUACGCCUUGAAGUUGACGGCAAGCUGGUGGAUCUACCUCCCUGUGAGGGGAUUAUUAUCCUUAACAUUUUAAGCUGGGGCUCUGGGGCAAACCCCUGGGGGCCAGAGAAAGAGGACCAAUUCCAGAAGCCGACCCACUAUGACGGCAACCUGGAGGUCGUAGGGAUCACAGGGGUCGUACACAUGGCCCAGAUACACAGUGGGCUCCGCACAGGGAUACGUGUCGCGCAGGGCGGGCAUUUGCGGAUCACGUUGUUGACGGAUCUGCCAGUACAGGUUGAUGGGGAGCCUUGGAUACAGCCUGCUGGUCAAGUUGUAGUUCUACGCUCAGCUUUAAAGGCAACAAUGUUGAAAAAAAGCAAAAACAAGAUCAGAAGAAGAAACACUGAGCCUAGUAUAUUUUUCCCGGAAAAUGAGGGUCUGAAAGCCCAGUCUCCUACUGACGAAAAUAGUGGUGGACCUCUUUAACAAAGCCUCUUUAUAUUAUCCUAUACAUAUUAGAUAAGUAGAGAAAUAUUCAUAGUGUAAAUAUGCGUUUUCUGAUCAUUUUGAUGAAUGUGCCCUGGAAUCAGCAUAUUUGUGAUCAGCAAUGGGACCCAAGUUAUAAACAGACAUACUGGAUAUGUAAAACUUGGAUAGGAUGGAAUGAGCAUAUUUAGAACUCAGAACUGAGAAUGUGUAAAAUGCUGGUGUAAGCAUAUGUAAAAUGUAAGAUGCAGGUUUCAUCCUAAAUUUGAAUAUAGCUGAGAAUAUUUGAACUUUAUUGUUUGUGAGAUCUUAUAAAAAGAUUGUGCUUUAGUCGAAGCUGUAAUGAAUGUAAUUUGUGUUAUGAAAUUUUUAGUAUACUUUUAAAUGUGUCACUCUGAUUUAAAAGUGUAUGAGUUAAUUGUUAUGAAGUAAAGGUAUUUUCUGAAUUUAUUUAAAUACUGAAUAAAUUCACAUAUAUAAGGUAUUCUUGAAAAUAUAUUGAAUGUGAGUUGUCAUAAGUCUUGCAUUAUAUUAUCAAAGAAAUGUUUGGCGGCUGAUAUGGGAUAUUAGCUUACAUGAAAGGGGAAUUGGUAUAAUGAAAUUUUAUUUAAUUUUAACAAGAAACUAAGUUCAUUCUGUAAUUAAGAACUAUAAACAUACCUUUAAAGAACUUCUUGUGCAUUUCAAUAUGUGCAAUAUUAUAUGGGAAUGAACUACUUUGAGGGUCUGAAUUACAAAUAGAUAGACAUUUUUUCUGUAUAUAAUUGUGAAGUAAUAAAAUAAUGCAUAUGAUAAUUCUAUGACUAGGCCGAAUGGAUGAACAGUGCAAUAGAAUUUAAGUGUGUUUGCCUGACGUUGUGUAUGUGUGGUUUUGAUGGUUCAAAACAAUUCAGAAGAAAUGUGAACUCUUUCCUUGGGCUAUUUGUCAAAGAAUGUGAAAUAAAAUCUGGUAAAUAGUAAAGUUUUGUGAGUGAUGCAAUAUGCUUUCCUUUAUUUAUUUUUAAAAGAUAACUACAGCAUACUUUUGUUAUUAUAGCAUAAAAAGCAAUCUAGAGUUGCAAAUCUAUUUCUAUUUCUUACUUAUUUGUAUGUGAAUUAUUUUCAAGUUGUGACAUACAUAUAUCAAUUAUGUACUCUGUUUACAUUGUAUAUUUAUCUUGAAGUACCCAGAAAAACGUAUAUACAUGUAACAUAAUUUAAUAUAUUGAACGGGUAAAUUAUUUGUUUGAAAUUAAAUAGUACAUGUACUUUCUAAUUUUUACUUCAAAGGUUUCUUCACCUUUAGAACUAGGUUUACUACCAUUAUAAAUGAGUUUAUUAUCACCUGAGAGCUCUAUUCACUAACGUCUUGAGGUUAAGUUUACGACUCAGGUCCCAAUUUCUUGAAGCUUCUUAAGUCCCUUUUAACAGGAUUAAGCUAAGCUGACUAUUUUUUGUUAUAAUAUGCGUUAUAUUUACUUCUUGAAGAGUUUUUAGACGUUAUUUUUAUCUUUAUGAUAUCACAAUAAACCAUUUUUCAUGUAUUUUGGCUAAUUGAAUAAUCUUUCUAAGCCUGUUAAGCUUAAGACAUUUCGAGAAAUUGGGGUCUUAGGAGUUUAGUUCAUCAGGAACAAUGCAAAAUAAAAUCUGGUAAAUAGUGAUGUUAUGUUAUUCAUGACAUAUGCUUUCCUGUAGUCAUUUUCAAAAGAUAACUCGGCACAAAAAAAAAAACACUUUCUGUUUAUUUUCAAUACUGUGUAAAAUUCAAUUUGCACUACUUUGUAGCAAAAUAGCAAAAAUAUGACACAAAAAUCGUUUCAAUUUACAAGUAAGAUUGACUAAGAUUCUGUUUUUGGAACCUUUGCCAGGACCUUCGCGAAUAUAGGUCAAGCAAAAAGUACCAUCAUUGAACACUUUAAAAUGAAUGACCUAUUCAGCAAGUUAAUUAGAUUUUACAUUAUAAACUUAUUUUAUGAUGCUGUUGUACUUUACUGACUUGGUUGUGAUUUUUAUGUUUUAUUAUUAUAGAUUGUUACUUUAUUUCUUUUGUUUGACAGAUCUCUUGGUAGUAUUUUUAUUCUAGCAGUCUUGGUAACACUCAUUAGCAUAACAAGGGCACAAUGCAAGAUCGACGUAACUCCGCAUACAGAAAGAUGGUCCGUGAUGCGCUGAGCCUUUGGUUAUAGUUGUAGCUUACAAACUUAUGAUUUGUUGUGUAUAUUCUAAAAACUACAAUUGAAAUUUGUUCGAGGAGAAGUAUUAAAUUGGUAUAGAAAUCGACAAGGUACAAAGUUAAAUGCAGAUUCACACAUUAUUCUUGUUACCCAAUUAAGCUCUUCUGACUAAAGGCCAGAAGAGCCAAUGCCAUGACGUGGUGUUUCGUCGUCCAUGUGUAUGUAAACAAUUGCCUGUGAACACGAUACAGUAUUUAGUUUAAAUUGAAUUUCAAUCAAACAUGUCAAAUAGUUAGAUAUCCAUGAGAGCACGGUUAAUUUCCUGGUUUAUGACCCUCAAAAUGCUGCAGCCUUAGCAAAAAAAUCUUAGGGAGACAACUUGAUGCAGAUAGUUGUGUAUUAAUGUAAUUGUUCUUUCCCUUAGCCCGAAAUGCUGCAGCCUUAGCAAAAGUAUUAAGAGACAACUUUGAACAGAGACAUUUGUAUUAUUGUAGUAGUUCCUUCCCGUUGCCUCUGAGGAACAAAUGAUUGCUUCCGUUUGAAUUUGAAUUCAGUAUAUUACCAAAAACAUGUGAGUAAAGCAUAACCCCUCGUUGGCCUCUUGUUUUUUUAUUCUAUUUUCGUAUUUACUUUUUGGUUUUAGAUCUACUAUAAUAUGAAUUUUUAGUUAAAGUUCCUUAAAUAUUAAUUGUUUUAGGGUUAAAUAGUUUUGCAUUUAUUUCAAUAUUUGAUACAAGUAAACAUGAUAGAAAAGGAGAAAUGUUCGGACAAAUUCAAUGAUAAAAUGCCAAGAAAUAGAGAUUUCUUUGAUCCGUGUGAUACCGGAAUUUCAAUUUGAUUUUAAUCAUACAUUUUGGAGACGCUUACCUUUUUAAAUUUGUACAUGUUGUUAUAAAUGAAUUUGAUCAGACGCAUUUAUAUGUACAUGUGGUAAAUCCAUAUGAUAAAGAAAAUUUAAUGUAUACAUGUUUCUACAUUAUUGAAAUGUGUUAUUGAUGUGUGUUUAAGUAUUGUUUGACUGGUAUUUAGAAUUUGGACAUGUGAUAACAGUCGUUUAUGUAUAAAAUGAUGGAACCAAUCUAUUUAUAAAUGCAUUAUAUCAUUUUUAUGACUAGAUUGAAUUUUAUCUCCACUGGUGUGAGUAUUUUGUGUUAAAACAUUUCAUGAUUAUACUUAGUAAUUUAUGUUUAAGUGAACUGACAAGAUGCUGCCAGCUAGGUUGUUAUAAUAUUUUUGUUGUAAUUAUUUAUAUGAUAUACAAUAAUUAGCAAAACAUUUGAUUUUUGCUUGUACAAUAUUAUGACUGUUUAGAAACUUUUUUGGAAGUUUGCAUUGUUCUUCAUUUUUCUGAUUGUACGGUUUAUGUAUAUUAAUAUAACGAAUGUUGGUUUGAGCAAUGUACAACUCUUAGACUUAAAAUAUGUUGACUAGAAAAAAAAUAGUUAUGAACUGUAAACUUUCCUUGAUAAUAUUGUUUUAUGAUAAUGUAUUCGUAAAUCAGGCCAGUGUAACUUUUAGUAAAUAAUAAUGCAGAAUUUCCCCAACUUACAAUCAGCAAAAUGAACGGACAUGCCUCUAUUGUUAUGUUGUACAUCUGAAAAGAAUUUGGCAGGCUGUUACAUAUGAACAUCUCUCUCAAUGUAAAAAACUUACGUGUGUUACUUACUUUUACAUGGCCACACCCCUCUCUGCAUGUGAAAUAUUUUGUACUAAGUAGGCUUAUUUACGCCAGGCCCAAAUUUCUCUAAUAAUUUCCAAUGUAAAGUGUUCAAUAUCUUAAUACUUUAUUUGGCCAAAUUUAUUGCUUAAACAUGAUUUUACAAGUCAGUUUUCAUGAUUAUCUUUAAAAGCCUCAAUAUUCCUCAGAGUUGUGCAUUGCACAAUGUAUACAAAGCUGAGCUAGAUUCUACUAUAAGGGACUAUUUUGUAUUAAGUAUAUACAGUAGGCCUUCUACUCCACAUUUGAAAGGCUAUAACAUAUAGAUACCUCUUUCUCUGUAAUUUUGUAUUAAGUACAUAUAAAAGAGGAUUUUUUAUUACACAUUAUAAGAAAUGGCAGAAUCUACAUAUGGCAGGCUUUAACAUAUGGACACAUGGUUUAUAUGAAGUAUGCCUUUUAUUCCAUUUUUGACGGUCUGAUACAUGGGAACACCUCUGCAUGUGAAAUUUGUAUAAACGUAGGCCUUGACUCCAGCCCUUUAAGUCCGGAUUUGACAGGCUGUAUCAUAUAGACACCUCUAUUUCGCUUGAAUAUUUUGUAUUAAUUAUGUAAAAUGAGCCAGCAGGUUACCAUCAGGAUAUCUCUCUAUAUGUGGACUUUUUUGUAUUACAUAUAUAAAGAGCAGAUUUUUGACUCCAGAUUUCGCAUAGUGUUAACAUAUAGGCAACUCUUUGUAUGCGAUUAAAUAUAUUGCCAUAUAAGAAGUUUAACAAAUCGGUAAAAGUGAGUGAAAAGUUUGCCUGUAAAUCAGAAAGCUAUGUAAUCGACUACUUUAAUAAUUAUAUAAUACUUCUAUCAUAAUAAUUUGCAACCUUCAGGAUACAUCCCUAUUGAUAGCUUUUUAACUUCGGAUUAUUGUACAUUUGCAAGGGUUGUUUUUGGCUCGGACAUUUGCAUAAAAACAGUAGGAAGUACCUUGAAAUUAGUAUAAAUGACGAUGGAAACAAUUUCAAAUGAGGUGUAAGGCACUUUACUCUACGGUAAGCAUGAAUCCGUUGUAUUAAAACACCAGACUAUUUUUCAGGAUUAACAAUUAGCAGCUGUUAGAAACCCUGUUUUAUAUACGGACAUAAAUCAUAUUUCGAAGUAAAUUGACCAUAAAUACUCUGAGAGGCUGUCCGGAUUUUCAAUCACAUAACAGGGAACUAUUAUUUGACAUGAGGAACACUUUUUAUUUCCAACUAGAUCUACAUGAACAUUUUCGUCAUCUAUCCUGCAAUUUCUGAAACAAGUAUGUAACCUGUUGUCAAUAAAUCAACAUAUUGUAGUUGCCCUAUGGCCCCACCCUUUAGGGACCUCUAAGUCCCUUACAUCGACUGUCAAGAACGCAUUCAGAUUAUCUUAUAUCUCUACUGUGAAUAAACACGUAUCUCUCUUGUGUAUAUGUACAGCUAUUGUUUUAAACAUUAUAUAAAUAAUUAUGUAACAACUGCAAUUUUUUUCUAUGAUUAAAGUAUAAUUUAUCA